CUAAAAGACUUCAUCCCAAAGACAGCCCUCCCAUGGAGAAGCUUAGUGGGCCGGCAUAUAUUCCAAAUCCAUUGACGUCUCCUGCCCUUAUGGUACUGGCAUCAACUGCAGAGGCUGCUCGUUCCACUGCCUCUUCCCCUGGACCAAUGAAUGACUAUCACGCAAUCUACUCAUCACCAUCAAACCGCUAUAUUGAUGGUGAAGCUGUGCACAGAAUGGUAUUGAAUUCGACCCAUUUCCAGCAUCGGUCUUCUCAUCUUGCUCUCUACCCUGGCUCAGAGCAUUACACUGAAAGAAUGCCUCACGAAUUUGGACCACAUUUUAUUCAAAUGCAUCACCACUUAGGAGGAGGGCUUCUCCACAAAACAAGUGGGCCCACUGCUGUAUUUAAUGGCACUGGUGCUUUCCGCAGAGUUGUGCCACCCGAACAUGCUUUCCCUUUUCAUCAUUUACAACAUCCACGAAGCCUGUUGGAGCGAGAACACCAUGUUGAUAGCUUGUACAAGAGCUCUGAACUAGAUAAAGAGGCAAACUUAGAAAGGAGUUUAAAGGACAGGAUUUCUCCAAGAAAGCCUGAUAAGGACGGUGAAACACGUCUGAUUGGAGAGCAACCAAAAAGCCCCAGCCCAAUAAGAAGGGCCAGCUUGCAUGAUGAGUCUGAUAAUAGUAAUAUCGAGACUGUAAACAUCAAAAGAGAACACAUUGAUCAGAUCGAGUGCUGCAAGGGUAGUGAAGCUGAAGAUAAUGAUAGCAAUGGGGAAUUGCAAUUGAAAGGAAGACAGAGAUCAUCUUCAAGUCAAGCACCAUGUUGUCCUGUGUGUGGCAACAGCAUCAGACCAGGUGAAAUGGAAAGUCACUUUGCUUGGGAAAUGGAGAGAUUCUGUGAAGAAAACAGAAAACCAAGAAGAAGUCAAAGAGAAUCUGCUUUGCAGGCAAGGAAGAAUGGAGAUAAUUUUCAAAAGAAAAUUAAGCAUGAGGGUAAGCGCGAUCCCCACCAUGGACAUGAUGACACACCAGCCAGCACAAGACAGCAGACAUAUUUGCGAGUGUGUGCCAACAGAAUGGCAAGAAGUGGCCGCUCAAAUUCUCUCAAACCUACAAGGUCCAGAAGUUCUCAAAGCUCCCCAGUGAACUCACCUCUAGCUGGAGAGGAAGGACCCUCAGGAAUCAAGACUACCAUGUGUCCUGUGUGUGAAGAAGUCAUUCAUGGGAAUGGAGAUGAGUUAAAUUCUCAUGUGGAGGCUUGCUUGAGAAAGAAGGAAGGCAGGGCUGUUGAUGACAUUGAUGAGGCUAAUGGUCAGGAUGUUUUUGAAGAAUAUGAGUGGGCUGGACAAACAAGAAUAAGAGCUACAACUCUGUUGGAAGGUGGCUUUAGAGCCUCGGGCUUUCAGACUGGAAUAAAACGUAAAAGGGAGGAGGAGGAUGAUGGAGACCUUGAUAUUGAUGGAGAUGAUUCAGAAGAAUAUGGAAAACCUCAGUACUCAGAAGCAGAUAUAAUUCCUUGUGGUGCUGGUGAACCCGAUGAAGAUAAUGUCAGACAGGCUCUGAGAGGAGCAGUGAUCAGUGGUGAAAAUUCUCCUGUAGAGAAUAAAAGUCCAAUAAGAGAACAUUCCUCUGAGGAUCAAACAGAGGAUAAUUCCAUGCAAACAAAAGCUGUUAAACGUGGUGAAGAAAAAGACAAUGAGGCAGGUAACCCAGACCUGGUUAUCAGUUCUCUGAAGGUUCGCAUAAAAGAAUUGGAAAUGAAGAAAUUUGAGAAAAUGAAGUGUUUAAUAUGCAUGGAACCCUACACAAAUGCUUUGGCUUCCAUAUCUUGCUGGCAUGUUCACUGUGAGGAGUGCUGGCUCAGAACACUGGGUGCUAAGAAGUUGUGUCCGCAAUGCAACAUGAUUACAUCGCCUUCUGACCUUAGGAGAAUUUACUUAUAAAUGUCUUGCAAUGUGUGCCAUCCUUUUGGAAAUGUGUGCUGUGCAAAACUGAAGUGGAGCAAUUGGAAGUAUCACAGGAAACAGCGGGAUGGGGAACAGUCUGUACAUUUUUCCUUCAAAUUUUUCUUGAAAGUAACGAAGUGGCGUGUAGCUUCACUUGCGUGACUUCCUUAAAAGAGCGAUAACAAAAUAGCAAUUGUAGCCUGGAGUUUUCCAAGCAUGAAGGAAUUCCCUAACUCCCAUGAGUGACCAAGGCAGAAUUUCUCCUUGCAAUAUCAAUAUAAUAUCGAGCAGAUAAAUGAUGACAGUAAAGAAAAAUGGUAAUCAGGGGAUCAUAAGUUGAUCCAAUGCCAAAUUCGCUGAUCUAAGAUCACAAGAAUUGUAUGGCAGACAGUAAAGAGAAUUACUGAUGAGACCUUGGGAGUGAAAGAGUCAAGGCAGUUCUUUUUACAAACGAAUGGGUAAAAGCUUAUUUUGUAGAUAGUUGUUAAAAAGAAGAGUAAAACUGCCUAGUGAGGAACAAGGGUACUUUGUGUAUCUCAACACUCCUUUCUUUUGUCUCUGCUUUGAUUCAAGUAUUUCUAAGGGAUAAAAUUUGUCAAACUCCUUCAGUUUUAAAGUUAUCAUAAUCUGGAACAAAACUAGUGUGAAGAAAUUUUUAGCCAAUGUAAAAUUUGGAACUAAAUCGAACCAGACAAGAUUUCUUUCCAAAUGUCGUCCAGGAGAACAGUUCCAGUACGUGAUGAUAGCUCUUUUUAUGUAACAUGUUUAAAGUUUAAGUGGAGAUCUGGUUCCUAACAUCAGCGAAUUCUAAACUGAAAAAUACUGUUCUGAAUCCUCUUUGCAGCCGUGCCCUGGGAUGUUGCCGUUGCGUGACAUUCAUUCCCAUUGCAUGGCAUUCUUUCCCGUUGCGUGACAUGGCUAGUGGGUAGUUUUAGAGUUUUACCGCGCAAAAUUUACAAGCAAAAUUAUGCGGAUCUCAGCACCUGUUUUCACCACAAUCAUUUAUACCAUUUUGGUUAGUUGACCCGAAUUUUCGUGUGCACAUUCUGUAUGGUUGAAUUUAUUGUCAACAGAAGUUAUUUCUUAGUCCCACAAGAUUUCUAUAAUGAUGUAAAUGAAAUGAGUUAAAUGUAAUUUAAUGUAUUUAAAAGAGUGCUUCGAAUAUUGAUAAUGAUAUUUAAAGAACUAAAAAUGUCAGAAACAAGAGUUGCAUUAAAUUUUUUGCAAGAUUUUUAUAAUUUGCAUCCAUAAGAACUUUAGAGAGACAAUCACAGAAAAGCUUCUGGAAAAUGCAGGAGACAUAAGUGAAUAUUUAAGUAUUGUUUUGAUGUAAGUGAAUUAAAAAGUUAUAUCUUA